AUGAGGUUCUCUGGUUCGGAAGGUUUAACAUUGUCGGAUGAAGAGAAGAAGGAUAUAGAGAGAUUGGAAGGGCUAACUCGACCCUUAGAAAGCAAAGCGAUCCUGUUACUUGCGGGGUCAAAAAAUCCGCGAGAGGACUUAAAGAGUAUCAUGGUUAGGAGUAAAUGGAGAGAGUUGAAAGCCAAGCAUGGGGAAAAGGAAUUAGAAGUUAUUAACGUGGAAGGAGCGAAGGAAAAAGAGAAGUUGGAGACAAAGAAGAAAAAGCAAAGAGUUGGUGAUAAGAAUGCGGACACUAGUGGUCCGAAGUUGAUCCAAACUGAAGUUGGUGUAGGAGAGAAGGAUGCUCGUUUAAGUCAUCCGACUGAGGAAUCAGGUCGGCCAGUCAUUGCGAGUGUGACUAUGCCGAGUUCCUCAACAUCGGAUGCUGGUCACCAAAAGGGGAAGAAUCCAACAGUGGUGAUUUUGGAUGAAGAAACAGCAUUGAAGUCGAAAGAGAUAACCGAUUCGAUCUCCUCAGAUGAGUCAAUGUCAGAACUUCAAAAAGAAAUUGCGCAGCUCGGCUUCUCCUCCCUGAUACCACAGGGAGGAUCAUCCCAAGGUGGCCAGACAAGCCGACCUCGGUCAAUACACCAGAGAUAUGAUUCUAAUCAUCCGUUAGAGAGAUUAGAUCAUGUGAGUAUGUCUCCAGAUGUCACCUCGUUCUGGAGUGCCAAGCUAACGGCAGAUGCAUUUUAUAAAGAGGAUCGUGCGCACAUUGCUGAUAAGGCGCUGAUUGAGAAGGUGGGUCCUGUUGAGGGAUUAGAUUCAGUGGAAGUGUUUUUGCAAAGGUCGAUUGCAGUAGUGGAUCACUGGAAGAGGAGAUGGAAGAAAAAUAUAGAGCAAAUGGAUAAGCUGAAGGCAGAGAAUGUGAAGGUCGGAUCGUUGUGUGCUGAGUUGAAUGAUGUGAAGGGAAAUUUUGCUGAAAACAACAAGGCGUUUGAAAUAUCCCUGCGCUCCAACAAAUCCUACUCAGCAAAAGUAGAAGAGCUUCUGAGUAAAGUGAAAAAGGUAGAGGAAGAGAAAGAGCAAAAGGAAAAAGAGAAUGCUGAGUUGAGAGCAAAAGUCAAAGAAAAUAGUGAAAAGGAGAAAGAAAAUGCUGAGCUGAAGAAGAAGUUGGAGGAACAAAAGCGUCUGACCUCGGAGUUGCACGAGGAGUUCCAAAGGUUAAGAGAGCAGAAUAAAGCUUGUCAGGAAGUGAUAGCGGCUGAUGUGGAAAAAGCCACGGACUUGGAAAAGAAAAAUAAUAAGUUAAGUAAAGAUCUGGAGAACCUGGAGUUGCAUGUAAUGGAGGAGCAUAAGAAAGGAUUUGCCAAGGCUCUACGACAAAUCAAGAUAGUGCUCCAGGAAUCAAUCUUCGUGAUCUAG